GGAGCCCAUCAGUUACUGGCAAGUGCUGUUAAGUUUUGCUGUUGGGCUACACUGAGAGGGAGAACUGAGCUUGAGAGCCCGGCCGACCCUGCCGUGUCAGGGUACCCACAGGCAGCCAUCUACAGAGCUCAGCAGAACACGUGGGCUCUCGGUUACUCACCGAAGGACACCUGUCCAGACCGUGGAGUCUGCUGUAGAAAAGGAGCAGGGUGAAGAAGCUCGCUUGCACACCAUGCACUGCCACGCAGCUUGAUACUCAUGGAUAUUGAAUGGACCAGAAGCAGGGAUGGUCGGCUAUGAUGCCAAAGCAGAUGUCAGGAAUAACUCCAAGCUGGAGGUGGCAGUGUCAGGAUCCGUGUCUGGAUUUGUCACCCGUGCCCUGAUCAGCCCUUUGGACGUCAUCAAGAUCCGUUUCCAGCUUCAGAUUGAACGCCUGAGUCCAAGGGAACCCAACGCCAAAUACCACGGGAUCAUCCAGGCAGCCAGGCAGAUUCUGCAGGAGGAGGGCCCAGCCGCGUUCUGGAAAGGACACGUUCCGGCGCAGAUUCUGUCUAUAUCCUAUGGAGCUGUCCAAUUUUUGGCAUUUGAAGAACUGACUGAACUGUUUCACAAAGCCAACUGGUAUGAAUCCCACCAAUUCUCAGCGCACUUCAUAUGUGGCGGCCUGUCUGCUGGGACAGCCACCCUCACUGUGCAUCCUGUGGACGUCCUGCGCACCCGCCUCGCAGCUCAGGGCGAGCCCAAGAUCUAUAGCACCCUACGAAAGGCCAUACGGACCAUGUAUAAGACUGAGGGCCCCCUGGUCUUCUACAAAGGCUUGGCUCCCACCAUGAUGGCCAUCUUCCCCUACGCGGGCCUGCAGUUCUCCUUCUACCGCUCCUUGAAACGUGUCUACGACUGGGUCAUUCCUCAAGAUGGAAAACAGACAGGGAACUUUAAAAACCUGCUGUGUGGCUGUGGAUCUGGAGUCAUCAGCAAGACCGUCACAUAUCCCUUGGACCUCUUCAAGAAGCGCCUGCAGGUGUGUGGGUUCGAGCAUGCCCGAGCUGCCUUUGGCCAGGUGCGGAGAUACGAGGGCCUCCUGGAUCUCAUCAACCAGGUGUUUCAAGAAGAAGGCCCCAAGGGCUUCUUCAAGGGCCUGACUCCCAGCCUGCUGAAGGCUUCCUUCUCCACGGGCUUCAUGUUCUUCUGGUAUGAGUUCUUCUGUAACCUCUUCCACUGUAUAAGGAGACAAGACAGAGAGCUGUGAGACAGGAGGAGCCUAAGGUCUACACUGGAGGUGCCUCUCCCAACAAAGGCUUGCUCUGAGUUCAUACUGAAGGAUGGCAGCCACCUAGUUGGCCUCCUAGGCCAGCUGUCGUAUGAAGAGUCAUCCAGAGCCGAAGCAGAAAGGCAAGGGCCUUUCCUGAAAAGACGGCAGAGAAGAGAGUGCGUGGGCUGUAGAAAGAAGUCCCCCAAGAAUGAGUCUGGCAUGUCUCUGCUCCGGGAAGCCCGACCCACAAGGAAUCAGCCAUCCUCUGCUUUGUAGCCCUGUUUCUGGGAGAAUUCUCCCUGUCCUGGGCAAGACCAUGCCUGAGUGCAGAGGGAUGGGACUGAGCUCUUUGCAGAAUUCUAACCCCCACAACUUGGUCUGUUUCUCCUACCAACUUAUUUAAUAGACAUUAAAGCAAAAGGCACAUUCCUUA